ACCUCCCUCCAACAGAUGUAAACACGAAUUUGAUUUGAAUCGUCGUUAUUCAACGUAAAUCUAUAUACAUAUAUAUAUAUAUAUAUAUAUUAUACAAAACAUUUUUCAUCGAAGAACCGCGUGGCGAUCAGCUGAUAUCGAUCAAAGGGUAAAGGACACCUUCUCCGACUAUUGUACACCCGAACGACGCGUCAGAUAGAAAAGUGACGCGCAUUUGCGCGUCCCUAACCUCAAAAAGCUUCCGUCGUCGACGACAGACGCGAGUGCGAGUAUAAUAAAGGGUGUCGCAUAAAUAUGUCCAGCUUCCGCUCCAUCGUCGAUCGCACUCUGGUGAAGAGAACCUGCACGACGAUUUAGGAAGCAAAAUAAAAAAAAAAGAUAUUUCUAUAAAAAUAGAGAGGAUGCUGAGGUCGAUAGCAUGGAAUACGAUUCGGAAUCAAGCUGCGAGGGCGGCGGUUGCUCGAGGGAUCUCCCGGACAAGCCGACGAAAGACGACGAGCCGGCUUGUCUGAGGUCCGAGGUCGGGGAGAAAUGCGGGCGGAGGUUGGCGGAGCUGAAGACGAGUCUGGGCGGCGACAAGAAGAACCUUUCCGCGCAGGUAAUGGAAUAUUAUCGCAAAUACUCCGGAGACGCGAAUCUGGAUCAGUAUUUCUCGCUACCCGUGUCGCAUACUCCGCAGGAGGCCGUCAACUACUACUACAGCGUGUACGAGGUGAGCGCCCAGGUGGGCACGAACAGGCAGGACUGUGUCGGGGAGGAGGUCUAUAAUCUAAGGUCUUACGUCCCGAGAGAGAGACGUAGGUGGGUAAGGCCCCCAUUGAUCGGCCAGUCCUCGAACACGGAUCCCGCUUCAUCCAGGUACGUUGAAACGUUGACAGAUCUCAGGACGUCCCCGGUCGACCUCGCGUCUGAAACGAUACACGAGGAGAGGAAUGAGAGCCAGGACAAGUUCCCCGAGGUGAACGACAGGAAGCUAUCCUCCCCGACCUCCAGCGUGGCGUCUCACAAACCUCUGGAAUGGGACAGCGGCGCGGAUGUCGGCUACUUCAAUUCGCACGUCCUCGGUAAGCAGGAGGACAAAAGGCUGAGCACCAUAGAACGUAUGGCUCUGGCGAGAGGAUGCUCGGCCGCUUUAAGAUUGGAUCCGGAAGGCACCACAGAAUCCGGAAUGCAAUCGGGGAAGAAUACGGCGAAAUCGUCCACGGCGCCUGACGCGAAUUCCACUCCGUUGAUUGCGAACGCUUCGGGGUCGGAGAGCGAGAUAGAGAUCACGCCUAUUGUCAAGAGCCAUUUGCCCGGCAUCAUCGCGGGGGAUGAUAUAAAAUCGCAUGAGAUGAAGUCUGCGAAGCUCCUGGAUCUCGAGACUCCUAAGUCGUCGUUUAAGGUGCCGCUGGCGAAGUGCUCGACGGUGGAGAGAAGGCUCGGAAGUUCCAAGCGGAAGGAGAUUACGCGUCCCUCGAGCUCGCCGUUGCAGAAGAGCAGCUCGAUGAACGUGAUACCCGCGUCGUUGUCGAAAUCUACCCUUAAGAGAAGCCAGAGCGAAGUGAACUUUCACGCUAAGGAAGGGAAGUCUGUGGUGCCUCUGAUCUUUAACUCUACGUCCUCCAUCGCUACCGUGGUGAACAAACCAGCGACCUGCGACAAAGUAAUACAGACAAGUCUGGACGUGUGCUCCCAGGAAUCCGUGGCCGUUCAAGUUUCGGAUUUCGAGGAGAGCAAACCGCCGGAGAAAGACCCUAGUUUGCAAACGAUACAUUCUAUCUUGAAGAAGUCCAAGGGCACUUAUAAGAUUAAAAGUGCGAGAAAAUGCGAGGACGCUUCGCGUCCAGCGGACGACGAUGAGGUCGGGACGAGCUCGAAGGACGUUGAAGCUUCGAGACACCAGAGCAAGAGUAGCUCGGACAUGUCGCAGAACGCGUCGACCUCGAUAACCCCGCAGCCCGACGAGGCGGAGAACGUGUCUGGAAGAGCCAACAGCUUCGAGUAUUUUCCCGGACACGCUUACGCGAACGUCCCGAACGGGAGGAACAGCCACGCGUCUUCGGAUACCAAUAGGUCGAACUCGACGUUACCCAACAGCAGUUCCAGCGUGAACGAGAAGAUGUGGGGAGACUCGGAUAGCCUGGUCCGAGACCUGGAGAGGAGCGUCAACAUCCUGAAGAGCCUCGUCGACGCCAACAAGUGCGACAAGCAAGUUAAGAAGCGACUGAUACAGCACGUGAUCAAACGACUGCUCACCGCAAAGUACACGGAUGAUAAGAUCGAGCAUAAUUUGGAGGACAAUGUCCCUUGGAAUCCGGACGACGCGAGGAACAAGGUUUACCGAGCCGAACUGCUUCAGGCUCUGACAAACAAGCACAGCACGACUGAGUCCUCGGACGAGUGGAACUCGCAGAAGAAGGAUAUCUCGAUGCAGAAAUCUGCAGGGACCACCAGCGACGUUAUCAAGGAGGUCGCGUUGGGGAGCAGCAACAGCGACAAGUUCGAUCGUCACACGGAUAGAACCGAGAUGGACGGUAGAAAGGCUAGAUUAGGACUGAGAACUGAUGACUGUCAGCGGAGCAGCAACACGGAUCGCGAUAAGAGCGAGAGCUCCGAGUGCUUCGUCCCUCAGCGCAAUCAUAAGAAUGCUAAGGUGAACGACAUCUUUUGCUUCAAGGAGAAUUGCAAGCUGCCGCAUCGAGAAUCGACCACGACCAACAGCAUCCUGCCGGAUCACAACAGGAUCCUACUGGACGCCGUCGUCAACAACAGGAGGACUCUCGUCGAGUCCAACAAUAACACAGAUAACAAUACCGACUGGAGGUUGCCGACCACCUCGUCAGAGAGGCACUUUGAACUGAAGAAAUGCAGCAUGUCCGAGUCCGGCGAUUCCAAACUCGUCAAUUACGCCGAGAUGGAGAAGAAAAAUCAACUCAUCUGGAUCACGAAUGAGAUUAGCCAUCUCAAUAACUUGAAAAAAUUGUUGGAGCAGCCCAGACGAUUAGAGAGGCCGAAAUCCUCGCCGAGGAAAUCGAAAUCGGCGAAUCUCAAGUCGAAGCAGAUACUCAGACGGGAGCAACACCCGGACACCGUGCACGGGAGUAUGUCCGAUCUACGGGAGGAUUCUGUGAACGAGCCGUGGUCGUCUCACUGCAACCUGGCGACUUGCGAGGCCGCGGGUGACACCCUGAACGUCCAGAGGAUGAUCAUGAAGCGCAACAGUGUCACGCAAACAGCGACGAACUUGGCCAGCGUUCACUCCAAGACCGGAGGGGUGAUCAUAUGCGCGUCGAGGAAUCUGCAGAGGUCAUCCGGGACGAAGCGCGUCGCUGUCGGGGUGCAAACGUUACCUCAGGAGAUGUCCUCGAUGUCGCCGAUCAAGUCGGGCACCAAAUACACGAAUUCCCAGAAGCCGUGCUACCAGACCGGUACAAAGUGCAGAGACCAAUCGUGCCAAACGCACAGCACCGUCGUCCAUGCGUCGUGCGCGCGAUGCAACCAAAAUCCCGAGUCCGACUCCGCGGCUUCGGUCAGGUCGCGCAAGGGCGAGCCGCCAAUUGUCUCGCAGCAGACGCAGACGAGUUACGCGAGCGACGACGCCGCGACGGAACCCACCUGUCGUCGCGCGUCGCAGAAUAUUACCGUCCAGCAGAAGCAGAAAGAGGCUAAGAAUCAAAUCAACGCGUCCAAGUCGAAAUGUAGUUGCGCUCGCGGCGACGUUUGCUCGUCCAUUAAAGAUAAUAAGAGUACGAGUACGAUCGAAGCCAAACCACGAGCUGAAAAACGAUCACCGUUUACAUGUUCAUUGUGUUCCGAGCAGAAAUCCGUUGCGGAUGUCGAUGACAUUGUUUAUAGUUGCGGCGGGUGUCAAAAGACCAGGUCGGGGACGAUUCGCAUGAAUGCCUGUAAAUGCGACGUCGAUGUUCCUGUUAAGGAAGUGGAUAGGAAGAUCAUUAUCGGCAAAUCCCGACAAAACUGCAACGUGCAGACUCAGAACAGACGCAAUGGCUCGAGUUACAUCGAACAGAGCGACCCUGGAAAGAUCUGCGAUUGUGUCGCGUGUCGAAAUCCGGAGGAGACUGCGACGACGGCGACAGGAAUAUUGUGCGAACAUUGUCAGUCGAGUAAUAAAAUUGAUAACAACGAGUCGAGCCGUUUCCAGGGUCGUUUAGCGGAGCGUCAAGCGCCAAAGCAAGUCUAUUCUGAGUGUUCUCAGGACAGUACCCAACAACGUAAAGUACAAAAUAACUUAUUAAAAUGUAAUUGUAAUGAGGCUUGCUCCUGCAGUAACAAUCAAGCAAUCAAGGAUAUCAAAGCGUGCAAGAAUUACGCAUCAAAAACAAAUGUUGCGGAUAAUGUUAAUAAGAAGGAGAGAAAUUGCCAGCAUUGUCGCGCGUGCGGCACCGCGUAUCAAAAUAUUAGAAAGUGCGGCUGCCGUCAAAUAUAUCCUAAAGCUGUCGCGUACGAGGUGUCCUUUACAAAGGAGAAUACCUCGAAAAAUGAAACUUCGGAUAUCGUUCCAAUAAUGCCAAAAGUUUCCAAGCAGCCCUCGACUGCAGCAAAAUUUGAUGCCUGUUCUUGCGAUAUUAUGAAAAGGAAUAACAAGACUGCUCAUCGGACGAAUACGCUGCAGGAUUAUUUAUCCAGAAACAAUCCCGAGUUUGUGGGCAAUGCGGAAACACGUCGACAAUAUUUAUCGGAAAUAUGCCAGUUGCGUGAAUUGAGAAAGGAGAAGAGAAUACAGUUAUUAGCGAUGGCUAGUUCAUCCACUAUCGAUAAAUCCACACCAGUGCGGAAGCCAACAGCUUGUGCGCAACGAAAAAUUUCCGACGAUGAGAUGAGGGCGCGGUUACGUAAACGGUAUCUCCGGUUGAAUGAAGUACGAUUCAAGCGGCGACAACAGGAACAGCAAGAAGAAGCACGUCGAAACAAGCUCAUGGCAAAAAUUUUUUGCAAAAAAUUGCAGCAAAAGGUUUUGAGAGGCCAAGGAAAAUAUUUGGGAAAAUUAAAUCCGUAUCAUCAUCAAGUUUCUGGUGACGUUUGGGCUGUGGAUCAGUACACCUUAUUAUUAACUUCCUUUAACUACGAUGGUAAUGGAGCUGACACGUUUUUCUGGGCGGGGGCAUCAAAUAGACCGGGUCCGCAAGGAUUUAUCGUUCCCGAUGAGUGGGGCAAGACAAAUGUAUUGGAUCGGUAUUUCAACCGGGAUUUUACACUCAACCUACCGGAGAAUAAGAAAAUAACAGACAUCAAAUGGUUUGCAGUGUACGAUUUACAAAGUCAGAACGCCUUCGGUGAUGUAUAUAUUCCGGAAGAGUUUGAUCCACCAACGCCUCAGAAGAUAUCGCAGCUGUCGAGAAGAUCUCACAACGUCUCGUCAGGACCCAUCGUGAUUUUGGACUCAAAAACUAUCAGCAUACCACAAUUCGUGUACGAUGGACAAGGUGCGGACACAUAUUUCUGGGUCGGUCUUGGUCCACAACCAUCCAGCAAGGGUCAGAAAGUACCCGACGAAUAUGGAUACAUGGAUUCUCUUAGAGUGUACAAUGACGAAGACGUCAUACUGCAACUGCCAGGCGAUAUGACGGUCUUCAACAUAGAUUGGAUAAGUAUUUUUGACGUAAAAACCAAAUCGAAUUACGGUUCUGUGAUCAUACCCGACGGACUCAAUGUACCGCCGUCGUUGAUCAAAGUUACCAAGCAAACGCAGUCCCUUCCGAAUUGCGUCCAGCUGCACAAACGAUAUCAAGUUGCCUGGGAAAUCUUCGGUCCGCAGAUCACAAUCCAGCUGGUAGGUCAAGUCGCCGAGGAUGAGUAUAUGGCUUUUGGAUUAUCCGGCUCGGAAGACUCCAGUCGAAUGGAAGGUGCGGAUGUAGCCAUUGCAUAUAUGGAUGAUACCCGUGGAUAUGCUACGGAUUACAACAUUACAGCAAAGGCGCCAUGUGGGAAAGUUCUCGGUCAGUACAAAGGCGUUUGCAGAGACGAGCUUGUCGGCGGUUUGGAUAGCAAUCAGCUCUACACCGCAGUAAGGGAGAACGGGCUCAACAUUAUUACGUAUAGACGUACACUUAUUUCAUCCGAUCCCGGAGACAAAGAAUUCCCUGUGGAUAAACCGGUAUACGUGGUCUGGGCCUUGGGCAGACUCGAUAAGACCAAUAACGAACCAAGUUUUCACGAUUUGUAUCCGAGGAAUGAUGUGGUACUCGAAUUAAAUCGUAAGGAUCCAGAGAACACUUGUAUUGAUUUUACGGAGAGCAGCGGCAAAUUCUCUCAAAAAGAACCUUGGCAAAAAACAGAAAUAUUUGACAGAAGCGUUCGAACUUUCAGAGCAACUAUCGGACCUUCCGGAGGGAAAAGGGGAUAUCAGGGAAUCACGGGGAAACCAUCGGUGGGUCUUGCCUGGUACAUCGAAGGCGCGCUGAUACCCGAAUUGUACCUACGUCGUGGAUUGACAUACAGCUUUCGCGUUCACGGUGGGAACAAUCCGCACAGCGCGGACUUGUACCAUCCUUUAAUAAUAACGGAUGAGCCUCAUGGAGGAUACGACACCCUCAGCGAUCUUGCCCAAAGUAAGAUCAGGGUGUUGGCUGGAAUUGAAUUGACUAGGAGAGGUCGACCGCGACCGACCGCGGUCGGGCCGCUUUGUUUAAGUAAGCAUAACGGUCGAGAUAGAAGACUGGACGAUACUUUUCCGUCGUUUAAAAAAUUCAACAGGACCCUAUUGCAAACCUGCGAGCCAGGAGACGGCGGCACUUUGACAGUGACUCCGAACUCAUCAUGGCCCGAUUUGGUUUAUUAUCAUUCGUUCACACACCCAAAUAUGGGAUAUAAGAUUCACGUAAUUGAUUCUUACACAAAAAGUAGUGCGAUCGCACAUAAAUUAUCAUUGCUCGUCGCAAUUAUGACUGUCCUUUUUCAUCUUUCAUAAAGUUAGGUAAUAAUACAUGAAAAAAAUUGUAUCAAAUUAUUUUUCAACUUACGGAAAGAUACGUUAAAUCAGGAUUCGUUAGUUUAGGAUGUAUAUCGCGAUAUUUUAAUAUAAAUCACUGUGUACUGCUUUUCUUGUAUUAUAUUAAGCACUUAAUAUAAUAGUUCCUACAAUAAGCUGCGUUACACAUACAUACAAAUUUUGUGCGUAAUUUAAUAAAAAAUUAAAAUAAUAAAAUCAUCUGUUUAUUCUGUUAUACUAUGAAAGAAAUGUUAGAUUAUCUAUUAAAAAAAAUAAGCGAAUAAAAGAAAUUAAGUUGUUGCAAUAUUCUUUUAUUUCAUAUAUUAAGUAAGAUAUCGUGAGCAUAUAAAAGACAACAUACAUUAGAUAUGUACAUACGCAACGCGUCAUAUUUGUGUUACAGUGAGAAGAUCGAUGUAAAAAAAAGUAUAUUCUUAAUAUUUAUAUGUAUAUGCUAU